AUGGCGAAGGCAGGCGUCGUUUCCGUUUUGAUUCUUGCCGUUGUCCUUCUUGCCGUGGACGUUGAGGCCAAGGUGAAGACGGCAUCCAAAGAGGAGGUCACUCACAAGGUAUUCUUCGAUGUGGAGAUCAACGGCCAAAAAGCAGAAAACUUCCGAGCUCUUUGCACUGGUGAGAAGGGCAUUGGAAAGAGCGGCAAGCCCCUGCACUACAAGGGCUCCAAGUUCCACAGGAUCAUUCCUCAGUUCAUGCUGCAGGGCGGUGACUUCACUCUUGGGGAUGGCCGCGGUGGCGAGUCCAUCUAUGGCGAGAAAUUCGCUGACGAGAACUUCAAGCUGAAGCACACUGGCCCUGGCAUUGUCAGCAUGGCCAAUGCUGGUCCCAACACCAACGGCUCCCAGUUCUUUAUCUGCACUGUCAAGACCAGCUGGCUGGAUGGUCGCCAUGUGGUGUUUGGCAAGGUGCUGGAGGGGAUGGACGUGAUGUACAAGGUGGAGGCGGAGGGCACACAGAGCGGCACCCCCAAGGCCACUGUCACCAUUGCCGACAGUGGCGAGCUGCCCAUGUGA